AAUCAAACUGCCGCUUAGCAAACAAGAAGAUUGUAAUAAUGAAGUGAAAUAAACGCCGAAAUAAAGGCAAUAAUACAAAGUUGAAAACGAAAAGAAAAGUACUUUGCAUGCCAUGCGCCAUUUCUAUCAGUCGGCCUCGAGUGCGCCUCGCAACUUCAUCGUUUAACGGUUUCGUUGGCUCACAACACGUGAAAGUGGAAAUUCCUCGCGCACGUACCGGUGUCCAACAUAUCCAUUUGUUCAUACGCACAUACAUAUGUAUGUAUGUAUAUAUGUACGAGUGCAUACGGGUACGUGUACCGCUAUCAAUGGCGCAAUCGCAGUGAUAAUAAAAAGCAUACAAAUUGUGUAAAUAAGGAUUGUUUUGACACCACACGACCAUAUGACCAUUAACUGUUUAUUAAUACGCGCCUAAUAAAACUGGUGAAUUGAGUGUUAAGUGCGCCUACUGGACACCACCAGCCUGUGACUAACUGUGAAUGGCCUUGUAAAUGCCGUAAAGUCCGUCCUGGCGUGGGUGUAAUUUGAAAGCUUCAAGCCAAAAUUAAACAAAAAAAUUUGAAAAAAUUUCAUUUUUUUCGCGGAAAUGUUGUCGUGUGUAUGCGUGUACAAGCAACGUGCUGUCGUCGUCCAUGCAACAAGCAUUGAACGUUGGGAUUAAAGAUGUGUUUUUUGCAUCGCUCAUUGUUGCUAUGCCUAAUGAUUUUCGUGCCAAUAGCAGCCACAGCUACGCAAAAUUUCAAAUAUCAACAGUUUAGUGCAGGCUGCGGAUCACGAUCCAGUCGUCGAGAACCACGCGAGGCGAUUGUCACCACACAAACAACACAACAAGAAAUUAAUCGUACACCACGUAUAAUAGCUGGAGCUCCGACUAAGGACGGCCAGUAUCCAUGGCAAGCAUCGCUUGAACUUUUACAUCCCUCUAUGGGGUUUUUAGGACACUGGUGUGGAGGCGUACUUAUCCAUCGAUAUUGGAUACUCUCCGCCGCACAUUGCAUACACAAUGAUCUCUUUAAUCUGCCCAUACCCUUGCUGUGGACAGUGGUGCUUGGCGAACACAAUCGUUAUGAAGAAUCCGGCUAUGAGCAACGUGUGCCUGUCGAUAAAAUCAUUUUACACAAACGCUAUAAUAAUUUCCGCCACGAUCUCGCGCUGCUAAAGCUCUCCAACCCCGCCAAUUUGGCCAGAAAUCCCAAUAUACGCAUCAUCUGCCUGCCAUUUGUCUUCAACGAGCAGUCACUGUCGGAUAUCAAUUUACCAAGCAGCGACGAAGAGAUAGUUGCUGAAGGCGAAUCUGAAGAUCCACUCGAGCCGGGCAUAUCCGGCCUACCAGAUCUCAGCGAUAAUUUUCUGCGUAGCGUACAAAAAGUACGACGCAAUCGAAAUGUUACACUGCCCAGCAUGCGUGAGUUAAUGAACACGAAAAUACUUAGCCGUUUGAAACAAACAGAAAUGCAGCAGCGACAGGCACGCAUGCUACAAUCGACGCGGCGACGCAACGAUAAACUGAUGAAAGUACAGGGGCAUUAUCGGGAAUACGAAGGACUGCACGAUCCACGCAAGCACUAUUGGAAGAACGAGGAGGAACUGGAAGACUACAAAGAUCUGCCUUAUAGCGACUGUGUGGCAACGGGUUGGGGCAAAUCGAACGUCAGUAGUGAUCUGACUGAUGUUUUGUUAAAAACCCGUGUGCCGUUGCAUAAUAGCGAAAGAUGUCGAGCAGCGUAUGGCAGUUUCGUGAAAAUCCAUCGGGGCCACUUGUGUGCUGGCAAGCUGAAUGGCAAAGGCGGUACUUGUGUGGGCGACUCCGGUGGACCGUUACAGUGCCGACUAAGCAAAAAUGGGCCCUGGCUCUUAGCCGGCAUUACAUCCUUCGGCUCUGGUUGUGCCAUGGAGGGCUUUCCCGAUGUUUAUGUGCGUAUUUCAUACUACAUGAAAUGGAUUCAAGACACAAUAGCCAACGAGUAAUCGGCAAUGUAUAAAUGUUUAUAUGUAUAUAGUGGAUUUUAAUUCAA